AUGAUUUGAGUGAAUUUUUAGUAUUCUUCAUUGAUAAUAGGCACUGACAAGUGGGACGUUCCCGCAAUGAAUUUGACGGUACACGCGAUUUGAGUGAAUUGUACCAUAAGAAUGCGUCAAUGGAUGCUCUGAGGGGCGCAUUGUGGAACAUUACUUAGAUUCAGAAUUGCGUUGGCGCGAUGAUGAGGGAAAAGAUAGUGUUGUUUGGAGAUUCAUUGACGGAGAAAUCGUUCGGAGGUAAUGGAUGGGGUGCUUUACUCACCAAUACCUAUUCACGCAGGGCUGAUGUACUCGUUCGUGGAUAUGGUGGAUACAACACUAGAUGGGCUAUGUUCUUACUGCAGCACCUCUUCCCUCUGGACUCAACUAAACCACCUCUUGCUACUACUAUUUUCUUUGGUGCUAAUGAUGCAGCUUUGUCAGGAAGAACCAGUGAAAGGCAGCAUGUACCUAUUGAAGAGUACAAAGAAAACCUCAGAAAAUUUGUUCUACACUUAAAGAAAUGCUCACCAACUAUGCAAAUUGUGCUUAUUACUCCACCACCAGUUUGUGAGGAAGGGCGUCAAGCUUACGCAAUAUCCUUAUAUGGUGAGAAUGCUAGCAAAUUGCCCGAAAGAACAAAUGAAGUAACUGGUCAAUAUGCAAAUGCAUGUGUUGAGACAGCUAAGGAAAUGGGUAUUCAUUAUAUUAAUAUAUGGUCCAAAAUGCAAGAAACAGAUGGCUGGCAAAAGAAAUUUUUUAGUGAUGGUUUGCACCUAACACCAGAGGGAAAUGAAGUAGUCUACCAAGAAUUGAUAAAGGUAUUUAAUGAAGCAGGGCUUUCUACUGAUAAAAUGCCACUUGAUUUCCCUCACCACUCAAAAAUCGAUUACAAAAAUCCUGAGAGCGCUUUCCAGCAGAAUGUUUGUCAUAUCACCUUGUAAUAGGGUACUGGUUGGUCUGGCAGUUUAAACUAUUCUAGUUGGUGACCGGUAUGAUUUUUGUCUUGAACUAUGUUCAAAUUUGUUAAUGCUUUGAAAACCGCGUUCGAGUUUAUGGCUAUCGAAUAUCGAUGUGUGUCGUCAAGAAGCGUGCAAACAUUUAUCUUCUAACUUGGUAUGUUCGUAUGUACAUUGAUGUCCUGAACAUUUUUGCUAGCAAAUUGAUUAUCAUGUUACGAGUCUGGGAAGCGCUUGGUAAUGUUAAGAACCUGUGUUCCUUUUCUCUUUGUUUUGGUAAAACAAACUG